AUAAAUUUUACGUUGUUGUAAAACUAAAAAAAUUUGGAACGCUUCACGAAUUUGCGUGUCAUCCUUGCGCAGGGGCCAUGCUAAUCUUCUCUGUAUCGUUCCAAUUUUAGUAUAUGUGCUGCCGUUAAGCGAGCACGUCCAUAGGUACGAUCAAAGAAAGAAUAUAUGUGGUACAAUUGGACAAUUCUAAAGCAUGUGGGAAGUGUUUAAACUUGCGUCGAGGACAAUUAAUCGUCUACGCAUGCGUGUAGGUGCGAUGCACACGUCUGCAAUAAUGUCUGAAUUGUUAAAUGUGCUUCUGGUGUGUUUUUCAGAUUUUUCCCAAUUUUUUUCGUUUAGUUUGAGAAGUUUAAAUUAGUUUAGAAACUUAAUGAAACUAUUUGAGAGUGUUCUUGGCCGAAUCCGUGUCAAAACAGCACAACUGGCAAUAGAUUUUAAAGUCCACCGACAGUCCUUCUCGCGUUUUGUCUUGUUUAUUCCUUGGGUUUCGUUUAGGGCAACAUAUGGGGUGAAUUGGAGUUUUUAUUGGAUACUUUCUUGGUUAUUUAAAACCGUUGGUCGCGUGUCACAGUUAUUGAUUUCGCAACUGACAACAUCAUUGUGUAAAUAUGAGCGGCCAAACUGUCGUGUUGGUUUAGUUGUCAAGAGCCCAGCUUGAUCUUAUUUUAAACCUUUAUGUAAUCUUGUCGUUACAUUUGACCAUAAAAAUAUUCAUAUAUUGCUCAGUGUUCAAGUGUUACUCGUAUUUCACAGUGGUAUGUAUAAAAUGAUAAUCAGGGCUCACUGAUUAAUUAUACAGAUUGAAGAAACGUAUCGAAUUUGCAUUCGUCUUUUCAAAGUCUCCUGUGUUUGUGGAUAUUACAUGUAAAUAUAUUCUAAAAGAUGCUCGAAAUUUUCUUUUAAGGAUUAUCUUAAUUUUAACGUAGUUCUUAAAGCAUUUCGCUUUUUUCACCCCUUUGUUUUCUCUUUCUUGUCUCAAGUCGCUAAAUUCUCUCGCGAUAUGAUGUAUGCUCCCAUGUUAAGCCAUUUAGUUUCAGUCCCAACAAGCUACUGCCGAAAAAAUAUUUCGAUGUUUUAGCAAGAAAUUAUAUUCCCGCUGUUUUUGGCCAUACCCCAACCACGCGGAAAACGUUUUCCCGACGUCGCCAGUCGCGUCCACGUUAUCAACUUUCAGCGGCUGCACUCAGUGAACGUGCGCGAUGAGAACAUAUAUCAAAAUGGCGGACGGUUGGAGAGUUUUGUUCGAUAGCAAAUUUCUUUGUUUCAACUCCUCAUCUUUUGAAUAUUCUUCAGUAGUUGGAAGUUGAACAUAUUGCAUUUUAAAUGGCGGCGAUUCGCGUUUGCACAGGUACCUUGAAGACUGUAAAAUGGCAAACAUCUAACAGAUUGCUGCGCUGUUUCCACAUUCAUUCUGGAGCUGUAAAUAAGGGACUGCUUUUUCAAACAAGGACACUUUCACAACAGAAGCCUCAGUCAUUAACACUUCAACAAUGUGUGUCCCGGCUUCUUAGUUUGAAGCAGUUCGUUCAUUGUUUUUGUACUAAAACGUCAAGCAGCAAGUUUGAAAAUAGAACUUCACCAGAUCUAAAGAAAGAAACUCAUGAACUCAACCUCAGCCAUGUAGAUAAUCAGGGCCGUGCACAAAUGAUGGAUGUUGGUGCCAAGGCAGAGAGUAACAGACUAGCUGUGGCAACAGCUGUAGUGAAUUUAGGUGCGGAAGCAUUUCAUCUUUUAAAAGAAAACAAAAUUAGCAAGGGAAAUGUUUUGACUGUUGCUCAACUGGCAGGUAUUAUGGCAUCAAAGCAGACUCCAAAUCUUAUUCCUUUGUGCCACAAUAUUCACAUAACUCAUGCAGAAGUCAACCUGGAAUUGAAUGAAGAAAAAUUUGCUGUGAAUAUUACAGGCUCAGUGAACUCGGUCGGGAGGACUGGAGUGGAGAUGGAAUCACUGACUGCUGUUACUGUAGCUGCUUUGACUGUGUACGACAUGUGCAAAGCUGUGUCACAUGAUAUUGUUAUCUCUGACAUCAAGCUUCUGAAAAAAGUCGGAGGAAAUAGUGGUGAUUAUAUUGCAACUUGAAUAUGUACCCAAAGUGUUUCAGUUAACCUGUUUAUUUAGAGACAUCUUG